ACUGUACUCUUUCGCCACACUUAUCACCGCGCCACGUUUUUGGUCUUUUUGUCCUAUUCCUCUGUCCUUUUUCGCCACUCUGUGUGCGAUGAUUCGUCAAACUGGAGCUCUCAAUCCGACAGCCAGGAAUAAUUUAACGAGGAGGGACCAAGUAAAGCCUCCACCUUUUCUUGCUUUUCAAGAAGUAUAACCCCGUCCCUGUUCUGAUCUUAAUUUCCACAGCGGGGGAGAAGAAUUUUGUCGCCCGGAGACGGAUAGCAAAGUCUGAGAAAAAUCCAUUUGGCCCCCUCGCUCUGUCCUUAGAAAAGCCAAAGGGCGAAGACCCAACAGGAGGAAGUCAGCAGUUUUCCUUGUUGAGGGAGGUAGUCCCGUAGGGGAAGGGAGUCCUGAAAAGAAUUCGAUUUGGGAAGCAUGCGAAGGAUUCAAGAUUGACGCGCAGUCGUUUGCUGUCUCCAAGGUUUCUUGUUCGGGUGCUGAGUCGCCCCCCACGUUCUCGAUGAGAGAUGUUGAUUUUGCACAUGGAUUCGAAAAGAGAGAGAGACGCCCGAAUGUCAGGUUGGGUGAUUUGGGAGAUUUCCCUGCUGCCUUUGCAUGUGUUUUCUCUCAUAAACACAAGGAAAAUCGGAUUCGCAAGAGAAGAAACAGCGGUUUCCGGAGCCUAGAUGAACCAGGAAAGAGCUCUGUUGUCUCGAAAGAGACCCUGCUGGAGGAGGACUCUUCGGAUUUGGGCCGUGCCGUUUUGCCGGGAAUUUUGGUUGAUCCUCUGCGGUGCAGAGGAAAUGAGAAACGGGAUUCCUCAAAACCGACUUCUGAAGCAGAGAGUUUGGGGGAAAUGGGGACGAGCAAAUGCGAGCUGAACUUCGGCGCCGUCACUCGCAAGUGUCGGGUGAUGAAGCGCCGGUGCCGGAGCGCGGCGGGGAGUAACAGGGUUUUCGCAAGUGGAUGGGGUUUUACCCGUAGUCCUGAGAUUGCUGAUGCGUUAGAUGGAAAGGGUUCAGCAGGAUUUGCGAAAUGCUUUGCUCCCGACGUCGAAUCGGAUGAUAUGUCGGGUCGCGAAACAUCGAUGGCGAGUAAAAAAGGAACCGAGGAUGGGAAUGUCUCCCCCAAUGCCGGUCACGGGCACGGAGCGGACGUUGCUGGAGUCGGGCUAGAUGGCUUAAGCAGGGUGAGGGAAUGGUUGGAGGAAUCGGGGUUCGGUAACUAUGCCGAUGUGUUCGAAAUGCACGAGGUGGAUGAGGAGGCACUGCCUCUUCUCACUUUCCGGGACCUCAAAGAAAUGGGUGUGCAGGCCGUCGGGCCACGGCGGAAGCUGUACAGUGUGAUCAAGCGAUUAGCAGGGGAUUCCCGUUGAACGCUCGAGCAAUCGGAUCGCGCGAGACGAAGGUUGUUGUACGUAGAAAACUACUGUUAGGAGGGCCGGUUCUGUGAAUAAGCUUAACUUAAC